UUUAGGAGGAACCCCGCGCCGAGGAAUGGCGGUGAAGGAGGCGCCUGCCGUUGUUUACGGGAGUCUCCUAGCAACAGGAGGCCUCUGGUCCCUCCGGUCUCCAUGGCAACCACGCCGCGCUUGUUCUCCGGCGGCGGCGGCACCUGCGAGGGUCGCAGUGGAAGAAUCCGGAAGCGGCUCGGCUAGGCCGGUCUGGGAACGAGGGGCGGCGAGGGAGCCUCCGGCUUGGUGCUGGUCCAGGUCGCCGGGCUGCUGUCUCCGAAGGGCCUCCGCGGAUCCAGCUCAGCCCGGGAAAAGGAGGACUGGGACUGUGUGGCCGUAUAUACUUGUGUGUGUGUGCAUUUAUAUAGCUGUUCCUCAUCUUCCUGAAGGGAAAGGACACUGGGAUGAGCCUACGCCAUGGGAGUAGCCUUGACAAGAGCAGCUCAGUGGACUGCCGCCGGUUCUGGAAAAGGAACGUUGGAAAUCACACCACUGAAUGAAUCACUUUUGAAUGAAAUCAUUAAGUUUACGGAAAGCUUUAGCAACAAACAUCCUCAAGAAGCUGCCUUUGUCUUUAAGGAACCACUUGAAUGGCAGACAAAACUAGAGCCUUCAAUGUUCGAGUCAGGCUAUGAAGUCAGUGACAAAACAGCAAAGUCUCAAGAAUUAGACAAAGAUGGGCAGCCACUGCUCCUGCUCAGAGGAUCAGCUAUCAGCGUUCGCAGUUUUGCGCAACUGUCUCGUUUGCUACAUGUGGCUGGAGAAAAACGGCUAAAAGAAACUCGGGCAUGCCUUGAAGCCAAUAGAGACCCCAUUGUGAAAAUUCUUGGCCCUGGUUAUGGGACAAUUGAAGGAGAGGAUAUGUCUAUGCUUCGUUUACUAGACAAAGUGAAAAAAGAAGAGGUUUCUGAUAAUGAAAUGAAAAUGAAGAUUUCCUUACUUCUCCAGCAACUGGAUAUGCAACUACUUAAUAGCUCUUUAAAACAGAUUUCACAAGAAGUGAGGUUAACUCCAGCUGUUGUGAAAAAUGAAAUAGAACUGCUUAAACGUUUCUCGGGAGCGAAAGAAGAUGCAGUCCUUGAAUCACUGGAAUAUAUAUCAGACUAUGAAUUUUCAAAUGGAUGCCGUGCCCCACCUUGGAGACAAGUCCAUGGAGAAAUUUGCUAUUUGGCCAUUAAACCAGUUGACACAGAUCUUAUGUACGUCACUUGCAGCACAGCAGGAGUAUUUUUAAAUGGAGGAAGGGAAAAAGAGAGGGAUGAAAUCAAUUACGAGAGAAUGAGUGACAUAUACAAAGAUCUUGUCUCAUUUUUAAGGGAAAGAUCAGCAACAUUUGUAGAAAACAUGGCUAAACAGAAGUAUACUUUUUUUGAUGAACCAAAGUAUGAAAAACAUUAUCAACAUAUGGAAGCGGUUGAGGCAGAUGAUUAUGGCCAAGCCCAAAAGUUUUACGACUAUGGAGAAAAGAAUGCAUAUGAGAAGCCUAGGAGUCCUCAAGCAAAAACCAAGCCUACUGAGAGCAAGAAAUUAGAACCAUCUCUUAAGUGGAAGAGCAUGCCUGGCUCCCGAGAGGGCAAAGCAAGGAAAGAAAACAAGGAUGAAAAGGAAACGAAACAGACCCCUCCAGAAGGCAAGAAAAGAACUGGAGCAACAUCCCCUGGUUCUGGUAAAGGUAAGCUUCCAGCAAAGUCUGAAGAUGUUAGUGAAAGUUCCUCAGAGAGUGAAGAGGAAGAUGAACAACCUGAACGCCAUCAGGAGAUUAACACUGAUUUGCCAUCGGAAUAUUGGCAAAUUCAGAAAUUAGUGAAAUAUAUAAAGGCUGGCAACCAGACGGCUACUGUAAUUGCAUUGUGUUCAAUGAGAGAUUUCAACUUGUCUCAAGAAACUUGUCAGUUGGCAAUCAGAGAUGUUGGCGGCCUUGAAGUGCUGAUUAAUUUGCUUGAUACCGAAGAAAUCAAAUGUAAGAUUGGCUCGUUAAAAAUCCUGAAGGAAAUUAGCCAAAAUCCACAAAUCAGACGUACAAUUGCUGAUCUUGGAGGAUUACAGAUCAUGGUUAAGAUACUUGAUUCUCUAGACCAAGAUCUGAAAUGUUUGGCAGCUGAAACCAUAGCUAAUGUGGCCAGAUUCAAGAGGGCCCGGAGAACAGUCCGGCAGCAUGGUGGAAUCAAGAGACUCGUUGGGCUAUUGAACUGCUCAUCAAUGGGGUUGUCAAGUCUCACUCCACUCCAGGCAAAAGAGAUUGAAGUGGCGCGAUGUGGAGCUUUGGCACUCUGGAGCUGUAGCAAAAGUUCCAGGAAUAAAGAAGCAAUACGUAAAGCUGGAGGCAUCCCCCUACUGGCUCAGUUACUGAAGUCUCCCCAUUCAAAUAUGUUAAUACCUGUAGUAGGAACUUUGCAAGAGUGCGCAUCUGAGCCAAGCUACAGACUCGCGAUUAAAAAUGAGAAGAUGAUAGAGAAUCUUGUGAAAAAUCUGAACAGUGACAAGGAAGAGCUUCAAAUGCAUUGUGCCAGUGCUAUUUUUAAGUGUGCUGAAGACCAGGAAACACGUGAGCUCGUUAGGCAGCACGGAGGCCUAAAACCUCUUGCUACAUUGCUUGGUAAUUCUGGAAAUAAAGAACUUCUGGCAGCAGUGACUGGAGCAAUCUGGAAAUGUGCAAUCAGCAAAGAAAAUGUGACAAAAUUCCGGGAGUACAAAGCUAUAGAAACGUUGGUUGGCCUACUAACAGAUCAGCCAGAAGAAGUCCUUGUGAAUGUUGUUGGAGCACUAGGUGAAUGUUGCCAAGAACAAGCAAAUCGGAGCAUUAUCCGCAGAUGUGGUGGAAUCCCAUCCCUUGUUGCUUUACUCACUGGAACCAAUCAGGCUCUCCUCGUAAAUGUCAACAAAGCAGUAGGAUCCUGUGCAACAGAACCUGAAAAUAUGAUGAUAAUUGAUCGUUUGGAUGGUGUUCGUUUGUUAUGGUCUUUACUGAAAAACCCUCAUCCAGAUGUUCAGGCGAGUGCAGCCUGGGCUAUUUGUCCUUGCAUUGAAAAUGCAAAGGAUGCUGGUGAAAUGGUUCGUUCCUUUGUUGGUGGCUUAGAGCUGAUAGUCAACUUAUUAAAAUCAGAGAAUAAAGAAGUUCUGGCAAGUGUGUGUGCUGCUAUAACCAACAUAGCAAAAGAUCAAGAGAAUUUAGCUGUUAUAACAGAUCAUGGUGUUGUCCCUUUGUUGUCCAAACUAGCAAAUACAAACAAUGACAAACUAAGACGUCAUUUAGCGGAGGCCAUUUCUCGCUGCUGUAUGUGGGGAAAUAACAGGGUCGCCUUUGGGGACACCAAAGCCGUUGCCCCUUUAGUACGUUACCUGAAAUCAAGUGACCCAGAAGUGCAUCGAGCUACUGCACAAGCCCUCUAUGAGCUAUCAGAGGAUGCCAACAAUUGCAUUACAAUGCAUGAAAACGGGGUGGUAAAGCUUCUGCUGGGUAUGGCAGGCUCUACGGACGAAACGCUUCAGGAAGCAGCAGCUGGUUGCAUAGCAAACAUCCGAAGGCUGGCUCUAGCUACAGAGAAAGCAAAGUACGGCUGAAACUCCAAACACAGUUUUCACCACGUCCUCUGAACUUUCCUUUUUAGUACUGCAGCCUGCAAGCUCAGAGUGGGCAGACACUGAAUUAGAAUGCCUCAGAAAUGUGCAUUUAGGUUAUUUUUACUGCUAAUUCUGAUCAGAAUUAACACAAGAAGUAGAUAUGGAACAAAAUUUGGAAAAAUCCUCCUUUAAUUUAAUUUACCAUACUAUUUUUUCAGUCUCUCUUUUCGUCCUUUUUUUUACUUUUUCUAAAGUUGCACCAGAGACUAUCGAAAAAAUGUAAGUUUAAGAACAUUGUCUCCCCACAUGCGUGUGAUGGGCAUAUAAUAAAGAUGUUUUCCCUUACUGUGUGUGGUUGUAGCCUCAUUCCUGGGCGUCUCGAGCAAUUCUUUUCUUGCUAAACCUGUCUAAUCAUUCUGUCAUUAUGGCUUUGCUUGUUUGAGUACUUACAAAUCUCCAGAGAGGACGGCAUAUACCACAUGCCCCCAGCUUCACAUCUGGAAAUGCACAAGUACUUCAAACAGAUGGAAUUGUCCACAUGCUUCCAAGACUUCCCCAAAUAUCACUUUAGUUCUAGCAGCACUAAAGAAAUCACUUAAUUGGAUUAGAGUCACAUUAUGAACACGAUUAGAAGAUCAAGUGUUAAAACUCCCAGCUAGAUUCACUAAAUGAGAAUAAUACAACAAACAAUUGUUUUAUGCUUUCCUAUUGGAACUCUCUCAUUGUCAUCACCCUCUUCUGACUCAAAGCACAUCUAUAGUACAAAUGCACCCUGUGUUCUUUUACCACUCUAUCAUGGCUUCCCCCUCCCAAAGAAUCAUGGGAAGCAGAGAGAAUCUUUUGAAUUCUUUCUUGAAAAUCCCUAGUUCUCCCUAGUUCAGGUGAGUGGUUGUUAGACACUUUCAGUCUGUGUUGUAGAUAUGCCCAAAGUCCGUAUUCCUGAUAUGGUGCCUGUUGGUGUAGGACAGGGACUGUGCUAUUUUUAUUCAUUUGUAAGCCUCUCUGGGAGCAAUCUGCACCACCAUGGACACUGAGAGCCCCAGUAGGCAGUAGCUUUAUCAUACAUCUUGCAUGGGAUAAUAAACCAAAAAUAACCUUAUAAAGUGAUCUCUGCUGUUUCCAGUUUUCCCCCCCCAUAAAC